GCAGUCAUUUUAAACAGAUCUUUUCACUGUAGGAGGAAGUAUGUGAGUGGUAAAAAAAAGCUGAAUGCAGGCACUAGGUCUAUACUCAUUCGGGGGAGUGAGCUGUUUAUACACGCCUCUAUCAACAAAUUGGGAAAAUGGCGUCACCACAGAAAAGUUGGAUUACUAGAAGUAGAAGACAGGCUGCAACGUUGGAUCGUUUCUCCCCGUGAAUUUGUCAACUUUGGUAUUUGGAAUUUACUUGGAAGGUACAACCAGUGACUGUUAGGUACAAGCUGUGAGGAUUUUGUAGAACUUUUUUUGGCGGUACCAAAGAGAUGUGACGUCGGUAACCAGUUUCAUGAUGAAUGUAAGAGACGGAAUUCCUAUCGUCUGCGUGCUGUUCGCUGCUAUCUUGGGGUUACCGGCUUGCAGCGCCAAUCAAUUUGUUAUCAAGCUGUGGAAUUUUAGGGUUGAAGAGAUCAACCCUGCGCAGUACCAGGUUGAUGGAUACACUGACGUGACAUUCAGGGCUAACCUGAAGUCCGAAGGCCCCGUUCCCCCGAGCGACCCCACUGGGAACAUUAGCAUCGUCUUUCUCGUUCUCAGCCUUAACGGUAGAGGCGGUGCACUGAACAUUGGCAACGUGUCAACAGGCCUCGGGCCCGAGGACUUGUGGGAGGGGCGGAGCCUCCACUUACAGGCACGCAUUUGGGUCGAAAUGGCAGUGUGCAACAACACGACGGCGGACCUGCAUCUGUGCGCUGCGGGGAAGUUGAACGGGGUAACCGAGCACCUCGACGAGAAUUACAUAGACUGCCGCGAGCUGAACAAAGAUAUUGAAGAGGGCGGAGCCGGUCUGAUCAACUGUAAAGUGGAAGGGUCUGACGGUGUUGAGCCUUACAUAAUUGCACUUCCAGUCCUGUUGUCUGUUCUGAUCGUGGUCCUUCUGCUGUUUUUAUGCUGGAAGUGUUUCAAGCGUCGCCAAAGUAACCUAUCCGAUGGUGUACAGCAGUCGGACUAUUUGUCCCGACCACGGAAGAGUCUUGCACACAUUUACGAAGAUCUUUCCAACAGGUUGUCCAGCGUCCACAUGCCAUUCAGACGAGGACAUAGAGAUGAUAAGGAGAACGACUACGAAAUUACAGUUUCGCCUGAUGCUGGCACAAGAAACGACGGAUUUCAGGCAGAAAUCGAGAGUAACAGCCGAGGUGACACAAACGUCUCCGUACACGAAGAAACAGACGGCAUGGAAACAGACGGCAUCCCAAAUGCCACCCGCAGGGAUCCAUUUGCUAAGCGGCCGAGCCAGCCCAACCAGUAUAUCCUCGAAGACCCAUCGCUGAUCCGCCGGCUGAGCCCGCUCAAAAGCGAGGAGUUGCAGACACGCUUCUUUCUCGCAGGUGUCCCCUCAGGGGAGACCACCGAUGAAAUGGAAGAGUCCGAUGACCUCGCGGGCUAUUCCAAGUGCCUAGUAGAUCCUGUGAGUAGACACGAGACAGCCGUAGAUGCUGAAGCUUCCGUAGACUCUGUGCCAGUCGCUGCACCUGCAUUCAUCCUGCUAAAGACAGAGGAGGAUGAGGGCACUUGGGGUCCAGAAGCUCUGAGGAACCGGGCCCCGUCGGUGGACAUGCCUCUCUACAAUGCUCCCGAUAUUCCUGUGGAUUCCGAUCCCGACUCCGAUGUGGCAUCAACUGACCCGAAUCCAGACCAGCCCAUCCAGUCCCCUCCCGCCUCCUCGAGCCCGUUGCCCUCGAACCCCGCACCUGAUCAAAUCUCAACGGAUUCCGAUCCCGAAUGUGAUCCCGAGUUCGACUCGCCUUACUUGCCGCCCGCUGCGAAGCCGCAGCUGCCAGACAAGCCGGAACUCCGAUCCGUUUCUAACUCGAAAUCUGACACGGAUUCUGAAAUAUGUCCCUCUGAAGUACCCGUUUCCAUUUAUAGUACCUCGAUUAGGGACACACGCAGGGACCACUAUCCUAAGCCCAAGCCCCACCCUACCAACCCCUCUGAAAUGACUAAUCCAGAUUCGGAUGAGGAUGAUAAACCAGAGCCCCCUCCCAGACGGAGUCCAAAGCCACCCUUAAGUAUGGACACCGAUCCUGGUCAACGGUCUGAUCCGGAUCAACCUCCCAGCGGCCCUGCCUCAGUAUUCGACGCGAGACCAGUCGAAAGAAGCCACGAAGUGCCUCGUUAUGAAGACACGCUUAGUUUGCAGAGUAGUCCCAGGAUGCCAGACCACAAGCCGCAGCUUCCGCCCAAACCUCGGAGAGAUUCGGAGAAAGCCGACGAUGAAAAUGAAGAGGCAAAUCGCCCACCUCGACCUCAGCUGCCCUCGAAGCCGCUGAAAUUGAGCAAGUCUGACCCCGGUACUCGUAAAAAAGAAAAAGAUAAUGAAGACUGGAGCAGCCGAAGUACUUCAAGUACGUCCAAGCCAGCGCUGAAGGCAAAACCCCCGUCACUUUCACUUUACAAGCCUCAAGCUGACUCCGAGGAGUCCAACAUAUCAAACUUUCCGGAUGUAAAACUAAACGCGUUGAGAAGUCCAUCAUCUUCACAGAAGAAGCCUUCUGUCGAUCAAAAGGUCAUGGACAUGGCCAUCAGAAGGGCCCGAGAUAGCACAGCCAAGUCACCCAACUCAGAUGAGCUUGACAGAGGUCCCUCUAUGCCACAUCAUGCCUCUGCUUCACCAACUACACCAAAGCCCACGGAUUCGGAUUUCGUGCAACUUGUCAUGGAGAACUACCUGUCUCUCAUGUACGAGAUGUCGAAGGGAGACGAAGACUACGAAGUCGCGAUCCAGAAUGAGCAGGACAAACUCAAUGCCGACGACAGUCCAGCUGUAGAGCCUCGUACGCUCAGACGCAGAAAGUCCUACGCUGCUCAGUUGACGCUCAAGCGGAAACGACUGACGGUGCAAUCAGCAGAUGUGUAUGUCAAUUUGUGGAACAAGUCCUUGGAGUUAGAUCGCGCCAAUCUGACAGUGGAUAGAGAGAAGCCCUUGGGCGAGGGUCAGUUUGGGAAAGUGUACAAGGGAUUUGCCAGAGGGGUCAGAGGUCGAGAAGGGGUCACCGUGGUGGCUGUCAAGGAGUUGAAAGACGGGGCAGAGACAGAUGACAAGAACGAAUUCUUGAAGGAGCUGGCUAUCCAGUCCAUAAUAGAGAAGCAUCCACACGUGGUCGAGAUUCUCGGUUGCUGCAUACGAGACGAACCAAUUUGCAUCAUCACCGAGUACCUCACGGGCGGCAACCUCCUGAGCUUUCUGCGGGGGAAAUCGCCCAAGAAGACCGGACCAGACUUGAUUCGGCACUACCUCGCCAAAUUCGGCCUCCAUAUCGCCAGGGGUAUGGCACACAUCUCCAAGAAGGAGAUAGUUCACCGGGAUCUUGCCGCCCGCAACAUCCUCAUCAGUGAAGAGGAGGUCUGCAAAGUAGCCGACUUCGGAUUCGCUCGGGACGUCUUCGGCAUUGAGUACUAUCGACGUGCCCCUGACAAAGCGCCAAUUCGCUGGUACGGGCCCGAGUCGAUCCUGGACAACGUUUUCAGCACGAAAUCAGACGUCUGGUCUUUUGGCAUCUUACUCUUCGAAAUUGCCACGCUUGGGAGGGUGGCGCCCUACACAGGCUGUACCAACGAGGAGGUCAGGUUUAAGGUGUCUGCCGGCAUGCACCCCAAUAGACCACCGAACUGCGACACCGAGCUGUUCAAGAUCAUGAAAAAGUGUUGGUCGAAGAAGGCAGAGGACCGCCCUUCGUUCGUGGAUCUCGUGGACAUCUUUGAGGACGUCCAGAGCCUCUAUCCGGACCCGUCGUAACAAAUUUGACGAUGAGUUCUUGUUGAACGAACAAGACGAGGAAGAGUCAUUCUAGUGGGCCACGUUGCCAAGAGACAAAAACAAGAUCAGCAAGUAGGCUCCCGGGAUGAAACCGACACCAGUCUCGCAAAAACAGAGUUGAUGAAAAGAUUGACUCGGAAGCUCGAGGGCAUUAAAACAGGUCACGGGUGUUUGCCGUGGGAAUUCCGUCAGAUGACUGGAUCGUAAUAACUCGGAAGAUGUUUACGCUAAACUGUACACUCAGCUGAUUACUGUCAAAGUUAAUGCAAAAGAGAGCGUAACUGCUUAGAAUGCUGCUAACCAUGUCACUCAGUUUUGUAAUAGACUCAGUUACACUGCUUUUAAGUCAUUUCAGAAUUGUACAUCUUUUCUUACGUUUUAAGAUAUGAAUGUACACAAAUCAAACAAGUCGAAAUUUCAGCCUGCAGCCAUGUUAGAAAUGGGCUUCCAGAGCUAUGGCUAUGUCUAUCAUCAGCCUGUCCCCACGUAUUUCCAAUGGAGGGAAGACUUGCCAUACAAACAUUAAAACAACAGUAAUAUCAUACACGUAGAACAUGUCGCACGCCCUCUGGCGCCGCACUUGGAAGGAGACCAAGCUAUAGGAGGAAGUUAUUGAUUGGUAUAAAUUGAUCUAAUGGAAACUAAUGAAAUUUGAAGACAAAUCAAAGCCCUGUCUCUGUCAGUGCGAUAAAGAGCGAAACUCUUUCUCCUCGAUAAAAUUCUCUCUAAAGUUCCGACUUCUCUCUGUACCGAGAUUUGCCAAAAAAGUGUAAACGCUGAAAUUUCAGGAAAACGGGUUAUGCUUGGAGUGAAAGGAAAUGACAUGAUUUGCAAAGCCUGGAUGAACGAAGUUCUUAUAAUAAUUUGUGGAUAUUUGUUUUUUCUGAUUGUACGUGUAUAAAAGUCAAAGUAUGCUUCUGGACUUUUCAUGGAAGAAACAAAUGGAUCAGCGCAUAACACGUAUAACCACGUUGUUGCCAAUAUUAUUUAAAUAAACAGCGAUCUACCCAGAGUUUGAA